AUGCUUUAGAAAUCGUAUUCUGAAGGAGUUGGUGCAGGUUUCUAAUUAACAGAGAAUGUUAGAUUUUAAUUAGCAAAAACUCGUGUUAAUGAUCUUUUCAUUAGAUGGCUAACCUAACCUUAAACUUAAAAAUUAGUACAAAUACUAAUCAAAGAUGCAAAAGAUGGCAAAUAAAAUAAUCUGAUAGCUUAACCAAAUGCAUUUUUUAUUAAUAAAAUGGCAAUGUCUGGUGUAUCAUAGAGCGCAUUGUUUAGCUCUCCAAACAAAAAGUCUUAAGGACCUUCAUCACCGCCAAAAACAGACCCAUUUUAAGAUCUUAAAUUAAGAAUACCUGAAGACCUUUCAUAAUCACUUACUUAAUCAUAAAUUUUGCAAAAGAAAUGUCAUGUUGAAGAGGCAAAGAAUUAUGAAUUAGUUCCACAAUUCUAUUUUCCAACUCAAGAGAUUAAUUUGUAAUUAUAAUUAGAAUAAAAUGUAAAUUCCAUGUAUUUAUUAAUUCCAGAAAAUCAUCAAUGAAAUUUUUGGUAAAUAAGACUUUAUUGAUGCCAUCCAUUUUGAAUAAAUUACAACAAUUUUAUGUGGACUUUGUAAAUACCUUACAAAAAUUUUAAUGGUUGCUAUUGAGAGUAAUACUACUAAGAUAAGUAAAUCUGGGUUUUUAAAGUAUUGGAAUUAACAUUUAGCUUAAAAAGAACCAAAAAAAAGAUGUUUUUAGAUAUUAAAAAAACAAACAAAUGAUUACAUUUAAUUUGAGGAUUUUAAGCCUUUCAUGAAGAGUACAUUCUCUUUCCUAAAUAGUUUUGCUUUAAGAACAUCCUGGAUUAGAAUUUUUGUAAGCAACACCUGAAUUUUAAGAACGAUAUGCUGACACUGUCAUUCAUAGAAUAUUUUAUCAUUUAUGUAGAAAAGAUAAUGAUAAAAUUACAUGGAGAGAUUUUAAAUAAAGCAAUUUAUUUGAUGUUUUAGAUUUAGUAGGAAAAGAAGAAGAUAUAAAUAAGGUACCUUUUUAUAAUUCCUUGUUAGAUUAGACAAUAUUUCUCUUAUGAACAUUUCUAUGUUAUUUAUUGUAAAUUUUGGGAAUUAGAUGGAGAUCAUGAUUUUCAUAUUAGUAAAGAAGAUUUUUCUCGUUAUUCUAGUCAUGGUCUAAGUAGAAAAGUGGUUGAUCGUAUAUUCGACUAAAUACCACGUAGAUUUAGAAGUUAAAUAGAUUAGAAAAUGUCAUAUGAAGAUUUUGUUUAUUUUAUUUAAUGUGAAGAGGAUAAAACUACAAUUUAAUCUAUUGAAUAUUGGUUUAAAGUUAUUGAUUUAGAUAAUAAUGGAAUUAUUACUGGAUUUGAGAUGGAUUACUUUUAUGAAGAAUUGAAACAACGAAUGGAUUAUCUAAAUCAUGAACCUAUCUUGUUUCAAGACUUUGUUUGUUAGAUGGUUGAUCUUUUACAUCCUGAUAAUGAUAUUCUCUUUAAAUUGAAUCAUUUUAAAUAGAAUUUGACAGUUUGUGGAGUUUUCUUUAACUUUUUAACUAAUUUAAAUAAACUUGUUGCUUAUGAAAAUAGGGAUCCUUUUCAAGUACGUAAUGAUAUAGUUGAUCAUCCAGACUUUAAUGAUUGGGAUAGAUUUGCAUUUCAGGAAUAUGUUAGAUUAGCUAUGGAAGAAGAGAAUUAAGAAUAAGGAGAAGUAUUUGAAGGAGACAAUAUUUGGGAUAAUGAUGAUUCAAAAUAAUUAUGA